UUUUUAAUAAAAAAAUCUUUUCCUCAAAUAAAAAUGCAAAUAAUCAAAAGAAUUAUUUAUUUUUUAAAUAUUUUCCUUUCAAUGAUUUUUAACUCAUAUGUAAAUGCUUUGUUAUGUUAUUCAUGUGAAGGCAUUACUUGCAGUUAUAAUCAAAAUCCAAUUAAUUGUGAAUAUACUGUCCGUUCUUGUAUGCGUGUAUAUAAUAUUAUGAAUGGAAUGACUAUAAAGGCAGGGUGUCUUUUACCAUUUUUUGAAAGUUGUGAUAUGUUACAACAAAUUGGAGGGGAUCAAAUAAGAUGUACAAGUUGUGGAUUUGAUCAUUGUAAUACUAUUACAGCCCCAUAUUUUCCGGGCCCGGGAGGGAAUGAUGGAAGAAUUCCUUGGAGUGGUGAAGGACCAAAUCCUUAUUAUCCAGGCGCUGGUCGCUUUCCUCAAAGACCGCCAUAUUAUGGAACUGGAGGGCCUGGUUAUCCCCACCUUUGGUGGAAUAGUGCUGAAAAUAUUAAUAUAAAUUUUUGUCUACAAAUGUUGAUACUUUUUUAUUUUAUAUUUUAUUUUUUACUAUAA